GAGGCAUCUUAAGAUACAACUGAAUUUCAGCUGCUUCCUUGAUUUUGAUAUUCCAUAAUUCACAGAUCCAAAGAAGCAGAGAAAACAGAGCGAAGAGCUACACUAAGAUCUGGAAAUCAUGGAAUUAAGAAGCGGGUUUCCGCUUCUACUCCAGCAAUUUCAGGCGCUGUUUAAGAAGAAUCUCUUGCUUUCAUGGCGGAGCAAGUGGGCUACUUUUCUACAGCUAUUUUCCUCUCUCUUUUUCAUAUUCCUCAUAUUCUGUAUUCAGAAAGCCAUGGAGGCUCGCUUCAGCUCCUCCACUGCCAUGAGCGAUGUUCAUCCUGAACUCCAGGCUAACCCUCCCAUCCCGCCUUGCGAGGACAAGUACUACGUAAAGCUUCCUUGUUACGACUUUGUGUAUAGCGGCAGUUCAAGUGCCAAGGUUCGUGACAUUGUCGGAGCUAUAAUGGCCAAUAAUCCCGGCCGACCCAUUCCUCCAAAUAAGGUUCGAUCAUUUGGUACACCUGCUGAAGUAGAUGAAUGGCUUUUUAACAAUCCCAUGACUUGCCCUGGCGCCUUGCAUUUCACACAAAGAAAUGGGACUGUGAUUAGUUACGGUAUACAGACUAACUCAACUGCUGUGGCAGAGAGAGGGCACUAUGAAGACCCCACCUUUAAAUUUCAGAUUCCACUUCAGAUUGCUGCAGAGCGUGAAAUUGCUCGAUCUUUGAUUGGGGUUCCCAACUUUAGCUGGAUUAUCAACUUCAUGGAAUUUGCACACCCUCCAGUGGACAACUUUUCUGCAGUGAAUACUGUUGGGUCAACAUUUUUCCUAGCCAUUGCCAUGUUUGGUUUUGUUCUUCAAAUUAGUUCCUUGAUCACAGAAAAAGAGCUCAAACUUCGUCAGGCAAUGACGAUGAUGGGUCUGUAUGAUACUGCAUAUUGGCUGUCAUGGCUCACAUGGGAAGGAAUUACCACACUUAUUGCAUCUCUUUUCACGGUUCUAUUUGGAAUAAUGUUUCAGUUUGAUUUUUUCUCUAAAAACAAUUUUGCAGUUGUGUUUCUCGUCUUCUUUCUCUUCCAACUCAAUAUGGUUGGAUUUGAUUUUCUGUUAUCAGCCUUUAUAAGCAAGUCGUCUUCAUCCACUACUGUGGGCUUCUCCAUCUUUAUCGUUGGAUUUCUCACUCAGCUUAUCACUGCAUUUGGAUUUCCUUAUUCAUAUGACUUUUCAAAGUUCUUUCAAAUCGUCUGGUCCUUUUUCCCACCUAAUCUUCUAGCUAAAGCUCUUUCUCUGCUCUCCGAUGCAACUUCCAGCCCAGCAGGCCAAGGAAUCAGCUGGAGUAGACGGAUGGAGUGUGCUCCAAAUGAUACUGAAUGUGUCAUAACUUUAAAUGAUAUUUAUAUAUGGCUUAUGGGGACAUUCUUCUUAUGGUUUUUCUUGGCCAUCUACCUUGACAACAUUAUACCAAAUGCAGCUGGUGUGAGAAAAUCGGCCUUUUACUUUUUAAGGCCAGGAUAUUGGACAGGGAAAGGAGGAAGUAAAUUGAAGGGUGGCAUCUGCAGUUGCUUGGGCACACUUCCAGUACUGGAGCCUAUUACUCCAGAUGAUGAAGAUGUCCGUGAAGAGGAAAACACGGUGAAACAACAACUUUCAGAUGGAAUAAUGGAUUCAAAUGUCGCGGUUCAAAUAUGUGGCCUUGCAAAGACCUAUCCUGGAGCUUGGAAGACCAACUGUGGUUUCUGCUGUAAAUGCAAGAAAACUCCACCUUAUUAUGCUGUCAGGGGCUUAUGGGUGAACUUUGCAAAGGAUCAACUAUUUUGUCUCCUUGGACCAAAUGGUGCUGGGAAAACCACAGCAAUCAGUUGUUUGACUGGAAUUACACCAGUGACUGGUGGAGACGCAUCAAUAUACGGAUAUUCUGUUUGUGACUCUGUUGGCAUGGCAAACAUUCGUAGAAUUGUUGGUGUUUGUCCCCAGUUUGACAUCCUGUGGGAAGUCUUGUCUGGGAAAGAACACCUCCAUCUUUUUGCUACAAUAAAAGGCCUCCCACCAUCUUCCAUAAAAUCUAUCGCAGAGAAGUCAUUGGAAGAAGUAAGACUCACUCAGGCUUCAAAGAUGAGAGCUGGGAGUUACAGUGGGGGAAUGAAACGUCGAUUAAGUGUUGCCAUAGCUCUUAUCGGUGAUCCGAAGUUGGUCAUCUUAGAUGAACCGACAACUGGAAUGGAUCCAAUAACAACGAGGCACGUAUGGGAUAUCAUCGAGGGUGCAAAGAGAGGGCGCGCAGUUCUUUUAACAACUCAUUCUAUGGAAGAAGCUGAUAUCUUAAGUGACUGCAUCGGAAUCAUGGCGAAGGGAAGGCUCCGUUGCAUUGGAACCUCAAUCAGGUUGAAGUCGAGAUUUGGUGCUGGCUUUGUCGCCAAUGUUAGUUUUGCCAAUACCAAAUCGACUGGCCAUGAAGAAAUUAAGCAGUUCUUCAAAUCUCGCUUGGAUAUUCUACCCAAGGAAGAGCACAAAUCUUUUCUAACAUACAUCAUUCCUCAUGACAGAGAAAAGCUUCUGACGAGAUUCUUUGGUGAACUUGAGGAGAGAAAGGGAGAGCUUGGAAUAUCUGAUAUCCAACUCAGUCUUACAACCCUUGAAGAAGUUUUCUUGAACAUUGCAAAACAGGCAGAGCUGGAAAGUGCUGCAGCUGAUGGAACUAUGGUGUCUCUAACUCUAACUACAUCUGGCCACAUUGUUAAGAUACCAGUAGGAUCUAGAUUUGUGGGAAUUCCAGGGACAGAGACUGCAGAGAAUCCAACGGGGAUUAUGGUAGAAGUUUACUGGGAACAAGAUGACUCCGGUGCCCUCUGCAUAUCCGGUCACUCUGAAGAAAUUCUGGUGCCCCCCAACGUGCAGCCAUUGGCUUCCAUGAGAUCCCUCUCUUUGAGAUCAGCUUCACAGAGACAUGGCAUUGUGUAUGAUCCUGAACAAGUAGCUGCUUACAAUUCUCAUUGAACCUACCACCCUUUCUCCUACUUCCAUGCUUCCAGUUUUGUAGAUUUAUAAAUUUGGCAUGGAAAUUUUUGAGCUUGAUUCAUUUAUAAAUGGAUGUUAAUUGUGAUUAGACUUCUCGUCUUCUUUCC